CUACACCCUACCGCUUCCCGGUGGAAAUUACCAAUAAUCACAAUAAUUUACACUAUUUAGUACAGUUCAUACUAGUGAAGUGCCUAUUUUCGAGUCAAGUAGAAGACUUACUUACCUAGGACCCAGCACAUGAAAGAUGAAUGAACUGGACUUGAUCAAGGAGGUCGAGAAACGGCCGAUUUUAUACGAUAAAUCGGUCAGUGGGUUCAAUAAAACAAAACUAAGGGAUGAUGCCUGGAAAGAAGUUCAAGAAGCACUCAAUGUGUCAGCUGAAGCAGAAUGUAAGAAGCGCUGGCGAUCCCUCCGAGACUCGUUCAUCAAACUGCAGAGGACCCAUGGAAAUCGUACCCGAUGGCCGUACCACCAGGCCAUGCGGUUCCUGAUCCCGCACUUAGACAACGCUCAUAGCAGUACAUCCAAAAAAGAAGAAGAUUCGGACCCAGAAGAAGAGCGUCGACCCCAACAGUCUCUGCCCGACCUCUCCUUCCAAGAAAAGUUCGAUUAUGACGAAGAACAGCCAGCGCCCAAAAAAGCCCGUCUAAACUCCUCAGAGGAGGAACCACAGAGAACAGACCCAGACGAACUUUUUCUUUUCAGCUGCGCGCCAAUUUUAAAAAGGUUGAACUCAAAACAGAACGCUGCGGCGCGCUUGAAAAUCUUACAAGUCCUUUAUGAGGCUGAAUUUGGAAGCCAAAUGGAAAUGCCGUAUGUCACGACAACAGAAAAUAGUUUAGGCAUGAUAGAUGGCGUUGAAUAAUUAGAAAGGUUUUAAACUAAAUAUGAACUUUAAAAAGCUUAAUCAUUAAGAAUUCAGUGAUCUCAUUAAACGAACUGCCAAAUUGUGAUUUACCUUAGGGACCGUUCAAGUAUUACGUAAGCGCUUAUAGGGGAUUGGAGGUGGAUGUUAUGGGGGGGUAGAGGUAGAUGAUGAUUACGUCAUGUGUCUAUGCUUGAAAAAACAAUACAUAAACAGGAAAAUGUUUACGUGGAGGGGGUUAAGUUAAGAGCUUUGCUUACUUUUUCUGAUAAGGGAGUUUAAUAUAUCUGCUUACGUAAUUUUGAACGGCCCCAGUAGGCUCAUAUCAUUGAGUCGCGGUCCAGCUAACUCUAUGGCGAAUUAUAUGGAAGCACAUGUACACUGUACAUGUACACACAUUGUGCAGCGAGGAAGUAUUUUCUAUUCAUAUUUAAUACUUCGACCACGUGCUGUGAAACUGCAGAAUUAGCUUGGCCGACUCCAGUCCUUUUGAUACACCAGAUUUUUGUACCUAAAUUGAGAUUUUGACGACCACGCUUACAUUAUGUACAAGUCUAGAAUGUCUAAGCUAAAAUAAAUAAGAUAAUCUCAUUAGAUAUUGUUCACUGUGUUAUGUGUAUCCCUCGUCAACCCCUCCCCUCAGGCCCUCAGCCAUACACUAAUUGUCUAGUUACUAAUUGUCACACUAGAUGUCGUUGUUCUAUCUAAAGAAAAUCCUGAAUCGCGC